AUGAAUGCUCCGUCGAAGGUUGCUGGUGGAGUUGACGGGUUCUAUGGUGACGUGAGGCAGCAGAUGAGAAGAGAGCAAAACGAAGAUCAUCUUCAAAUGAACCGCUCUCUUCCAUGGAACCCAUUCGUGACUGGUCCUCUUCUUCAAGGUCUUCAAGAACUCCUCCAGCACUCCAUGAACCUGGAGGCUACAAAAGAUCAAUAUACGUCGUAA